UGUGAUUCACUUCCUCUGCUGCCAGACAAUGGAGACAAGCCUAUACACAGUAGGUUGACACACUAUUUACAAAUUGGGCCUUCAUUAAAAGAAAGAAAGAAAAAGAAAGAACAAAAAAGCUAGACUGUUCGUGUUGGGAUGCGCCAGACUCUACAAUCUGGUCUGAAGUAGGGUGUUGUUUCAUAGAGAUAACAAUUACGAGUGAGAAACUGGAGUUUCAGAGUUGCGGAAACACAGAUCACCAUCGGUGGCCUCUGUACAGUCAACUUAACCAAGGCGACGUCGACAGCCUACCACCGGGGAAGAGACAGGUCAUGGAGAAGUUUUUUAGACCUGUUCACAGCCCCUCUGAUCCAGCUGAGAUGAAGCUGCGGAAGCACCACCAUCAUCUCCAUCGUGAAGAUCCAGACUCACACAGGUUUACACUGUUUCAUGACAGUGAUAUAAAUUCAGAAGAAAACCAAGGGCACCAAUAUCACCCUCUCCAUGGUCACUAUCUCCACGACCCUCAAAAUGGCAUCCGCCAUCACCAUCAAAUGCAUCAAAAUCCCCACAACGAAGAAGAUGAAAUACUGUACAACCACAAUACUCCUGUAACACUAUCUCGAGCUUCAUCCUCUUCUCUUUCCUCAUCCGCUUCUUCUGUCUCCUCAUCGUCCUGGUUUACAGAGGCAAGUGGAAAUGAUCCCUUCUCUCUCCGCCAUGCAGAACGUCCACAACAUUCUUUGUCCUGCUCAAAUAUUGCGGAUGUACGCCGGGAAUUUCGGGAAGACGAGAACAGUGAGCCUAUUGUCUUUGCCACGGUCACGCAUGGCAGCAAUGGUGGUUCUAUACAUGGCAGCACACAACAGCGAGGCAGAAGUGUUUUUUCAUCCCUUGACCGAAGUCAUAGCAGAAGUGAGGAGGGCCUCCUGAAGGCUAACGAAGGCCAUAAUGGCAGAAAACAAUUCACGGCACAAAAUACCGAGCAAUUGUACAAGACCUCUCGUUUAAAUCGAAGCCUGACUUUCAGUGAUGAAGACCUUCUUUUAGGAGAUUCUCGAGGACCAAAGAGAGCAGUGUCAUCAAGUCAGCUUCCCAGCAAAGGAAUCCUAAAGAAUAAGGAGCCUAAUGUCGACAUACGCAAAGCUAAAUCGAUGGAAGUGAUAUCACCAAGAGUUCCCAAACGACAGGAUCCCAGUGGGCAGAAAGGAAAAGUGAUCAACCAAGCUGAGGUGGAGCAAGCCAAGGCAGAUUUCUUUCAGGGAAAGCUGCAAUUCUCAGCUUUCCUGGAUGAGAUAACAAAACAAGUGAUAAGUCCGUCUCAUCUCACUCUGCUGGGUGUCAACAAUAAAGUCACCAGCAAGCCUUGUGCACCAGACCUGACACUCGACCCAGUCAAACCUGAGCUCCCACCUAAAAAGCAUAGGAAAAGCUCUGGCUCCGAGAGGGAACAGUGUCGUAAACAACAACAAAACAGGCAGGAAAAAACAGUAUGUGCUGUCUCGCGAAAACAGUCAGAUGGCUCCAAUUCAGAUAAAUUGAUUUCAUAUGCUGCUAGAAACCACCAGGGUAGCCCCCCACCUCCUCAGUAUGACCCCAAUCGCAAUGCUACCCAUGGACGAAGCCGUAAAGGCAAGAGGCUGUCACCCAUUGGUGGCUCUUUGUCAGAGGACAGGUAUGGCCGAUGUGGCUCGCAGCUUACCGAUGGAACCAGCACCAGCCCUGAACUAAACCAACCCAAACUGCGGCACCACCGGAAGCAGCAGACCCAUGCCUUCUCCAGUCCACAUACCCAGAACUGCCCUCAGCCACAGCCUAAAUAUGUGCACACAAGUGCAAGCCAGCGACGACCAAACACCUCACCACCUCCAACUGCUCCGGGUGCAAGAAUGGGCCUCGGUUCAGAGUCUUCAUCCAGUAAAUCAGACUCACCCAGGACCCGUGACACCACCUCCACCACUACCAGUCACAGUUCAGAGCAGAGUGUGCGACAUCACUCAGUGCAUGUGGGGACCUCCAAACAAUGCAGAGACAGACUGUUUGAUGGUGAACAACUUAAGGUGCUACAGGAGGAGAAUUCAGAUCUUCAUCAGAACUUGUUACAGACAGUGGUCUGCAUUGAAAGUCUGGAGUCGGAGCUGCAGAGGACCAGGGAUGAGCUCAGCAAUGUCAAAGACAAAUAUAAAAGCCUUCUGGAGUCACACACUGGAACCAGGCAAGCUAAUAAUAUGCUGGGAGAGAAUUUACACAUUGCGUCGGAGAGUAUAAGCAGUGAAAGGAAGUACCUCCUGACGCGCGUGACACAGCUGACCUCAGAACUGGAAGACGCUCACAGGACCAUUGCUGCACUGGAGAACAUAAAUCUCCCCUGCUUGAUAAAGGAUUUACUGGCGAAGCACUUUAAUUCAUCUGAGGCCGUUCAGAAGUUUCUAACACCUACUACUGUUGACAGCUUGUCCGCCAGCUCUCCACCAUCAAUCAAAACACCUCACACUCCUAAAUCGGAGGAAACAGGAUACAAAUGGUUAACGGAGUCGGAAACUGCAACAGCUUUUGUCCCUUUUAAACAGGAAGCGCCCAAAACAGGAGUUCAAGUUUCCCUCCAACGCCCCCAGUCCAGCAAUAGCCCACCUUUCUCAGUGGAGGACAUCAGCACCACAAUCUAUCAGAAAAUAUUAGCCAAUUACACUGCCAAGCCACAAAACUAUCAACAGCAGUCCGCCUUAAGUGUUAAACACAAUGAAAGCCCCCUAAAGCCUCAGCAGCUUCAUAGUGCGGAGCACUUGGAUGAAAAGGGAGAGCUACUGGUGACUCUGUUGGAGCAGGAUGCUGUUGAGGUGGACUCCGUGUCAGCCCAGCAGAUCCUGGAUGAGUUUUUGCAACAGCUGCACACUCGUGAGAGGGUGGGUGAAGGUAAAGAACAGGAUAAGUAAUUGGUGGCACUGGAGCAAAAGGGGUAGCGUUAAGAACGACAACACACCGUGUGACUGGAAUUUCAUUGCAAGAAACUAAGUGAUUUGUAUUCAUGCUUCAUCUGUCUUGAAAAUAUAAAUUAAUUAUUUUGCCGGGUUGUGUCUAUUUUUAUAUUACUCUGACAAUAAGUGAUGUAUUACUUUUAAUUGAACAGAAUCACACAGAGUGUUGAUGACAACCCAAUUAUUACCCUGCAAAAUGUGAUUGUUUUACUUCUCCAAGCAACUUUUGCCAAAAAUAAUACAGUAAAUUUUAUUUACAAAUAUUAGGUAUUUAAUGUAUUUUCUUCAUCUUUUUAGUGUAGUUAUUUGUCAUUGUGUCAUUAUUUAGCAAAAAGGACCCUGAGGUAUUGUAUAUAGUUUCUUGUUUCCGUGUAUGUAUGUUAUGAAAAGACAAAUGUAAUAUUAAAAUGUACGAUUUAAGGAGUUAAAAAAAUGAAAUAAUCCACCCCCCGUAUUUAUUAAACAUGUAUGACCUUACAUGUGUAAAAUGAUCUGUUUAAAAAUAAUAAUCAGCCCUUUCUGGCUCACCUCUGUCUUGUUUUGUAAGAAACCACCACGACAUGUCAACCAUUGUUCUGUUCUCAAAUGUCAAUGUGGUCGCACGCUGACCUGUUACGCAGAUCAUUUUACUCAUUAACUACUUGCAGGUCACACUGACAGUUUUUGUCAUUUAUGGUAAAAGUUUUGUAUGUUUAAAAAGUGUAUGUGUAUGUUUAAAUUCACAAACUCUCUCUUUAAUGUUAGUGUUUGGGCAAAUAUGACUGUAUAAACAAUUUUACAAAAGUCUAAUAAUUGUUGUGUGGAUCAAGAACGUUCAUUGAUGUCAUUUGAAUCUGCACCCACAAUAAUGAUUUGUCAACAUAGAAACACCCCUCAUGUCAGGUCAACAUGUAUAUCGUAUUUCUCCUUUAAUAAUAAAACAAGUUUUAAUUAGGUUAUUGCUGAUCAUCUCUGUGCUCUUUGGGGCUCAUUAGAACAUUUCAAUUAAUGGCUUCAAAGAGUAGGGUGAUGGAUUUACUUUUCCCACUUUCAUAAUGCAAAAAAAGAGUGAUGUUAUAUUUAGAGUCAUCUGUUUCCUGAUGAGUGUCUUGUAAG